AUGUUGAGGUUAUUAGCAAAGUCUGACACAUUUUAUUGGUCUAAAGCAGAAGAAGAUGAGUUUCUCUAUUUGAAGUUUGAAGCACUGAAAUCCAUCGCUCGGUUGGGAUAUUUCCAUCCGAAUCACGUAACGGAAUUAUAUGUGGACGCCUCGCCUAUAGGUCUAGGAGCAGUACUAAUUCAGUUUGACGAAGAAGAAAAACCCCGAAUAAUUUCAUGCGCUUCAAAGGCAUUGUCGGAUACGGAGAAAAAAUAUCCUCAAACGCAAAAAGAAGCCUUGGCUAUGGUUUGGGCCGUGGAGAGGUUCGCUUUUUACCUGACUAGUAAAUCGUUUACUAUUCGGACAGAUUCAGAGGCCAAUGAAUUUAUUUUCGGGAAUGGACAUAGAUCAAGCAAACGCGCAAUAACCCGUGCUGAGUCGUGGGCACUACGACUUCAGUCAUUCGAUUUUUUGGUCAAACGUGUUCCUAGUCAUUUAAAUUUAGCAUUAUCUCGCCUGAUAGCAAGGACACAAAGCGAUGAACCUUUCGACGAUGAUAACGAUAAACAUGUUUUAUACGCUGUAGACAGUGGAUAUAUGAAUAUCACUUGGAAAGACAUUGAGUUUGCUUCCGAAUCCGAUGAAGAUCUAUGCACAGUAAGAGCAGCUUUAACCUCUGGAAUAUGGCCAGAACACCUUCGGCGGUUUGAGGUGCAUUGUAAAGUUUUGCGAAUUUUCGGAUCAAUUGUAUUCAAAGAUGACAAAACCGUGCUCCCUAGCAACCUCCGUUCAAAAGCUUUGGCAACUGCACAUCAAGGGCACAUUGGCUGUGCAGCUAUGAAACGCAUCAUGCGAGAGUACUUCUGGUGGCCGGGAAUGAGCAAGGACGUAGAGAAAUUUGUCAAAGAAUGUAGGGUCUGUCUUGUAAUAUCAAAAAAGAAUCCACCCAUUCCCCUUACAAGUCGUAAGCUGCCAGAUGGGCCUUGGCAAAUGUUACAAAUCGAUUUUCUAUCGGUUCCCGGAUGUGGAUCCGGUGAGCUUCUGGUAUGUGUUGAUACAUAUUCGAGAUAUUUGUCCGUUAUGGAAAUUAAGGCUAUAGACGCGAAAACAACUAAUUCUUCACUAUCGAAGAACUUUCACGUUUGGGGACUUCCUUUAACGCUACAGAGCGAUAACGGUCCACCGUUUCAAGGACACGAGUUUAUCAGCUACUGGGAAUCCAAAGGUGUCAAAGUCUAUAAGUCGAUCCCUCUGCACCUACAAUCGAAUGGUUUAGUCGAAAGACAAAACCAAGGGAUAAUAAAGGCCCUCGCUGGAGCAAAAGAAAGCGGAUAUGAUUGGAGAAAAGCCUUGCAGGAAUAUGUACACGUCCACAACACCGUGAAACCUCAUGCACGAUUAGGAGUAACACCCUUUGAGCUUCUCGUCGGCUGGAAAUAUCGUGGCACAUUUCCAAGUUUGUGGGACGCGAAAGAUUGCGGAGACUUGGACAGAUCAGAUGUUCGAGAUACUGAUGACGUGGCUAAAUUAAUAAGUAAGCAGUAUGCAGAUCAGCGUAGAGGAGCAAAAUGCAGUGACAUUGUAGUCGGGGAUUAA